AUGGUCCGUCGUAUCAUGACCCAGUACUACCUCCUGGGCCAAGAUGAUGGCAGCUUCCCGAGCCUAGAUCCUUCAACUCUCUCAGUCAUCGCAGCCCAGUAUCAACAAAACUUGGGAGAUCUUGUCAGCAACACUCCUGCCAGAGAUGUACGUGGUGACCAUGCGAAGCUCAUCCGAGAAAUAGGGGCCGCCGGUGUUGUCCUGCUCAAAAACAAUAACACGCUGCCUCUCAUGACUCCUAUGAACAUUGGAGUCUUUGGUAAUGAUGCUGGAGACUUGACGGACGGCUUGAUCUACCAAGACCCUCCUGCAACGAACGUCGGGUUCGAGUACGGAACCUUGGACAUUGGCGGGGGCUCUAGUAGCGUUCGCCAUACGUACGUGGUUACCCCGCUGGACGCCAUCAAGGAGCGAGCCAAGGGCUUUGGGGCCCGCGUGCAGUACAUCCUCAACAAUGAACGUCUCGCAGCAGGGGACUUUCAUAGCAUUUAUCCCGUGCCCGAUGUAUGCAUCGUCUUUCUCAAGACCUUUGCCGCAGAGGGAUUCGACCGCGUCUCCUUUGAAGCAGAUUGGAACUCCACAGCAGUGGUCACGCAGGUUGCAAAUAUGUGCAACAAUACUGUUGUGAUCACUCACUCCGUCGGUGUCAACACCAUGCCAUGGGCCAGCCAUCCUAAUACCGGCAAUUCAAUCGCUGACGUCCUCUGGGGCGACGUCAACCCGUCUGGUAGACUGCCUUACACCAUUCCAAAGACUGAAGCGGACUAUGACAUCCCGGUUACGAACCUGACCCGCGAUGAAGUGUCUUCUUCUGGUGCGUGGCAGGCCAACUUUACCGAGGGUCUGAAUAUCGAUUAUCGUCAUUUCGACGCCGAGGGAAUCGAGCCGUUGUACGAGUUUGGAUUCGGUCUGAGCUACACGACUUUCGAACUGACGUCUGAGCUAUCAGUCAAGGCUUUGACAGCAAAGCUGGCACCUUUGGCUCGCGCUGCAAAUGAGUCGUCCGUACCUCUGAGCGACCUCUUCCUUCCUGUGGCGAACGCGACGGUUCAAGUAAUGAACACUGGUGACCGAAGCGGCGCAACCGUCGUUCAACUUUACAUGUCACUGCCCACUGAUUCGGCUCCUUCUGGCACGCCUGUCCAGGUACUUCGAGGUUUCGCAAAAGUUGAGCUGGGUCCAGGUGAGACUCGCGUGGUUGCUUUCAAGCUGAACCGCCGAGACUUCAGCUACUGGGACACUGAUGCUCAGACUUGGCGUAUCCCCGUAGGAGAUUUUCAGCUCCAUGUUGGCUUCAGUUCGAGGAACCUACUGGAAUCGAUCAAAUUUUCGCUGUUGUAA